AUGUCAGUAAUGAUUGAAUUUUUAGGCAUUGAUAAAAGCAAACAAAUAAAUACAUUAAUUCCUAAAAUAAGAAUAAAAAAACGACGAAGAGCUGAAAAUGCUGAAAUGAAACGAGAAAGAAAAGCUUGGAGGACUUUAGCAAUAAUUACAGGAACUUUUGUCGCUUGUUGGACCCCUUUCUUUCUUAUUUCGCUUUAUCGACCAAUGUGUCGUUGCAAAAUUCCUAUUUUAUUGGAAAGCAUUACGAACUGGCUAGGAUAUUUAAACUCAGCAUUAAAUCCAAUAAUCUACACAGUAUUCUCAUUAGAUUUUCGAUUGGCGUUCAAACGUCUUGUUAAAAGAUUAAUAUUUAUGCGAUGUCUUUUGUAA